CUUUAUUAAAGCCUGUUUGACAGUCAGCCUGGUUCACACAGCGUGACCCUGAUGGCCAUGAUUGGGACUCUGAUUGCUGUUGCCGUGUUUCUCAAGACGGUCUCCGCCACCUCCCUCGGGGUUGUUUACACCGAGGGAGGGAUGGUACAGGGCGAAAACAUUCGACUUGGCUACCGUCGCCACAUGGACAUCUUCAGAGGGGUUCCCUUUGGUGAUAUCCCUGGAAGAUUUGAGAAGCCAAAGCCUCACCCUGGCUGGGAUGGUAUUAUGAAAACCACUGAGUUCAAGAAUAGAUGCCUUCAGCUAAACUUGCUUAUGAGUGACACCAGAGGCGAUGAAGACUGUCUUUACCUCAACAUCUGGGUUCCUCAUGGCCGCUCAGUGUCCACCAAUCUUCCUGUCAUGGUCUGGAUCUACGGAGGUGCCUUUUUGGUUGGAGGCUCAAUGGGUGCUAACUUUCUAGACAACUAUCUGUACAGUGGACAGGAAAUUGCAGAAAGAGGAAAUGUUAUUGUGGUGACGUUUGGAUACCGUGUGGGAACUCUUGGCUUCCUGAGCACCGGAGACUCUAGUAUGCCUGGAAAUUAUGGUCUGUGGGAUCAGCAGGCUGCCAUUGCUUGGGUGCACAGGAAUAUUCGAUCAUUUGGGGGAGACCCUGACAACAUUACCAUCUUUGGAGAGUCUGCAGGUGGAGCUAGUGUCAGCUUUCAGACACUCACUCCUCACAACAAAGGACUUUUCAAGAGAGCCAUCUCCCAGAGUGGAGUUGCUCUUUGCCCUUGGGCGGUCAACAGGAAUCCUCGCAGGUUUGCCGAGGAGGUUGCUCUUCGAGUCAACUGCCCCACGGACUCAAGAAUGGCUGCUUGUUUGAAGAUGACCGAUCCUGUGGUCCUGACAAUGGCGGGCACUCUUAGCUUGACCGGCUCCCCUGACAAUCCACUUGUGAACAACCUGGUCCUGUCUCCUGUGAUUGAUGGUGACUUCCUGCCUGAUGAACCCGACAAAUUGUUCCACAAUGCUGCUGAAAUUGAUUACAUGGCUGGAGUCAAUGACAUGGAUGGACAUUUAUUCACCGGUUUAGAUGUUCCAUCUGUCAACUCCCAACUGGUGGACACUCCCAUUGAGGACGUGAAGAGGCUCUUGGCUUCAUUCACAAAGGACAAGGGCAGGCUUGGCUUUGACAACGCUUAUUCCACAUACACCUUGGACUGGGGAUCAAGUCCCAACAGGGAGACCAUCAAGAAAACUGUUGUGGCCAUUGAAACUGACUACAUUUUCCUAAUUCCCACUCAAGCUGCCCUUUACCUUCACGCUUCCAAUUCAACAACUGGGCGUACCUACUCCUACCUCUUCUCUCAGCCCAACCGUAUGGGUGGGCUUAUCUCACCUUACCCCAGCUGGAUGGGAGCUGACCACGCUGAUGACUUGCAAUAUGUCUUUGGAAAGCCAUUUACCACACCUCUGGGAUACUGGCCUAGCCAUCGUGAUGUCUCCGGUUAUAUGAUUGCCUACUGGACCAACUUUGCCAAAACUGGAGAUCCUAACAAAGGAGAGCUUAGUGUUCCCGCUACUUGGCCAGAAUUCACCAAUUCGGGACACAAAUUCCUGGAAAUCAAUUCUAGGAUGGACAGCAGCUAUGUGAGACAGAAACAGAGGCUGCGUUACGUGCAUUUCUGGACCAGCAUCCUGCCCAACUUGCCCGACAUCAUCUCAGAAUAAAGAGCGUGAAGUUGUAACAAUGCAUUUAAAGAUAGACCAACAGAUCUAAUGAAACACAUCUGCAUUUGUCAAUAAAAAAACAAACCAAGUUUUUUAUCUUGGUUUUGAUAACUACUGGUCUUUAAAUUUGUGAUGUACUUGUAUAAACCUAUGUGGAUUCACAAUGUACAGUAUGUGAAGCUCCAGAUGCUUAAGCUUAUCUGAUCAGAGGAUUUUUACAUUUUUUCUCCUAAAAAACAGGGGAAAAAUCAUCCAACAAAGGCCUGCAAGAAAAGGUAUGUCUUAAGAGAAGACCAGAUUAACUGUAAAUCAAAUAAUUAAAAAAGAGAAGGUUUUAAGACAUUACCACUAAAUUUGAGAGAAAUAAAUGGACAGUACUAUACUCGUAUAAAAUUCUUCUACUCUAGCUGA